AUGGCAACUGGCAAAUAUAAUCUGUGUGGGGAAGAAGAGCGAGGAAGAACCACAAUCGACAAAUGGUUUCUGGUAACCGAGGCUAAUGCCUUACCUGGCUCCAAGCCUGCGCGUGAAGGGAGCUCGCGGCGCAAGAUCGGGCACGAGCUGUGCAGAUCUAGCUACGUGAGGCAGAAGUUGAGUAAUUUUGCACAAAUUGUUCCUACGCGCCGUGCACAACUCAUCACCGGGAACCCUUUAACGAUCUCUCAGAGCGGUCUCGCCUCAGACGAACGUACGUCUGUCCUGACCCCAUACCUAAAUUUUCAGGUGCAUAGUGUGAGUACGAUAUUUAACUGUCCUCACUCCCACCUGCUCUUCACGGAUGCAGGUUCUCAAUUGGGCCUAUUCGGAGUUGGUGUUGUAGUAGGGUUUUCAUGUGUUUUCAGUUUUUCGUUGCCGCUGUUCAGCCCAACAAAAAGCAUCAAGUACUCUUCCCAUAAUUGCUUCAUUCAUAUCGCUUAUCCUAUCGAGAUAGUGAUGAUGAUAUUGUCGCUGAAGGUGCCUCAAUUGUUCAUGGAGAACCUCCCCAAAGAUGAAAGUGGGCCUCCUAAAGUAGAUACUAAAGUAGAAGUUCUCCAUGAGAAUGUGACUAAGCAAAUUAUCAAGGAAGGCCAUGGUCAGAAGCCAUCAAAAUAUUCUACUUGCUUCUUGCAUUACAGGGCAUGGACUGAAAGCACCCAACACAAGUUUGAAGAUACAUGGCGUGAACAACAACUGCUUGAGCUUAUCCUAGGAAAAGAGAAAAAAGAAAUGACUGGGAUGGCAAUUGGCAUUUCCUGUAUGAAAUCUGGUGAACGUGCCUUGCUGCAUGUUGGCUGGGAACUAGGCUAUGGAAAAGAAGGAAGCUUCUCUUUUCCAAAUGUGCCUCCAAUGGCGGACAUCGUGUAUGAAGUUGAAUUGAUUGGUUUUGAUGAGACCAAAGAAGGGAAAGCACGAGGUGACAUGACGGUGGAGGAAAGAAUUGGUGCAGCUGAUAGAAGAAAGAUGGACGGCAAUGCAUUGUUCAAUGAGGAUAAAUUGGAGGAGGCAAUGCAACAAUAUGAAAUGGUAAAGAAAGCACUCUUAUCUUUUGUCUACCCAUUUGGCAUGUAUAAGGGGUGACAUGUCUUGUAAAUCUGCAAACUGCAAUCAUUACAAAGUUUUCAGUUCUUCCUUGGAUCAAGCAAAAUAAAUUAGGCAUUUAAAUGAGAACAUAACAUGCAAAUGGUUGAGGAACUGGGAAGUUUGCAUAAGCAAAUUUCUUCAUCAUGUGAAAAAUGUUGCAAAGAAUAACCGAAAAAUGCUUGGUUAUAUAUUACUGCUAAAAGAUUAAAUAUCCUAAGCCGUCUGCUUAUUUAAUCCAUUAUUUUUAUUUCUUGUUCUCGAUUCUAUGACUUAUUACUAGAUAUUGUUUGUAAUGCCAUAUUCAGCUGCCA